AUGUCUUUCUUAGUCUCCAUUAUUAUACUAUUAGCAGAACUAACUGGAUCUGUAUCUGGGCUUUACUCGGUUAGUGGUUCAAACAAACUCAUUGUCGAGAAACUGAUGGACUUUUCGAAAGUUAAAUUGAUUAGUGCAGAAGCGGCAGCUAUUUCCAAACGGAACGAUCAGUUUCAAAUUCAAAUAGAAGGACAGAUUCCACCUAUUGAUGAUUAUGAAGGAAAUGAGUCCUCUCCAAAAACGGGUUCAAAUAAAAUAUGGAAAUUAUUUUCAAGUAAAAAUCUAACUGACUCAGAGUUGUCGCUUUACUUUAAUGAAAUCAAAAAUGUUAAAAGGGCUUCAUUUCUGGCUUAUCCAGAAUGCAAGAAAUAUUCCGUAUCGCCAAAAAUAUCUGUUUCGUGA